CAUGUGGAGCUCAUCGGGGAGAUGCGGAGGGGCAGGGAUGCUCCCGUGGAUGAGAUGGGGGUGCAGAAGUGCUUCGACAGCAGCGCUCCCCCACAGGUGAUGCGCUACCAGGUUCUGCUGGCGCUGAUGCUCUCCAGCCAGACCAAGGACCAGGUGACAGCAGGUGCCAUGCAGCGCCUGCGGGGGCACGGCCUCACGGUGGACAGGGUGCUGCAGAUGGAUGAUGCCACCCUCGGGCAGCUCAUCUACCCCGUGGGCUUCUGGAGG